GGGAGGGAGGAGGAGCCUGGGCUACCGCCCCUUCCCUCCCCACUCCCUUCUAGGGGCACUUUGGUGGGUGUGGGCUUGGGGCUGGGGGGGAGGGUGGGGCUUACUUUUUGGAGUGUUGGGGAACUUUUUCCCCUUCUUGUGGCCAGAGGAAAGGGAAUGCCCAAUUCAGAGAGACAUGGGGGCAAGAAGGACGGGGGUGGAGGAGCUUCUGGAACAUUGCAGCCGUCAUCGGGAGGUGGCAGCUCCAACAGCAGAGAGCGUCACCGCUUGGUGUCGAAGCACAAACGGCAUAAAUCCAAGCACUCCAAAGACAUGGGGUUGGUGACCCCCGAAGCAGCGCCUUUGGGUACGAUUAUCAAACCUUUAGUGGAGUAUGAUGACAUCAGCUCUGAUUCAGACACCUUCUCCGAUGACAUGGCCUUCAAACUAGAGAGGAGAGAGACUGAUGAACGCCGUGGCACCGAUCGGAGUGACCGUCUGCACAAACAUCGGCACCAUCAGCACAGACGGUCCCGGGACUUACUAAAAACUAAACCGACAGAAAAAGAAAAAAACCAAGAAACCAAGUCGGGAUCGAUGAAGGACCGGAUAUCAGGAAGUUCAAAGCGUUCAAAUGAGGAGAAUGAGGACUAUGGGAAGGCACAGCUAUCCAAAAGUAGCAGCAGCAUCAAGGAAUCCAGGUCAUCCAAACUCCACAAAGAAAAAACCCGGAAAGAACGGGAAUUGAAGUCUGGCCACAAAGAUCGGAGUAAAAGUCAUCGUAAAAGGGAAACACCGAAAAGUUACAAAACAGUGGACAGCCCCAAAAGGAGAUCCAGGAGUCCUCACAGGAAGUGGUCCGACAGUCCUAAGCAAGACGACAGCCCCUCAGGAGCUUCUUACAGCCAAGAUUAUGACCUUAGUCCCCCAAGAUCUCACACCUCCAGCAAUUAUGAUUCCUACAAGAAGAGCCCUGGAAGUACCUCAAGAAGGCAGUCGAUUAGCCCUCCUUACAAGGAGCCUUCGGCCUACCAGUCCAGCACCCGGUCACCCAGUCCCUACAGUAGACGCCAGAGGUCUGUGAGCCCCUACAGCCGGAGGCGCUCGUCCAGCUAUGAAAGGAGUGGUUCUUACAGUGGUAGGUCACCCAGCCCCUAUGGUCGAAGGAGGUCCAGCAGCCCGUUCAUGAGCAAGCGGUCUCUGAGUCGGAGUCCACUUCCCAGUAGGAAAUCCAUAAAGUCCAGAAGUAGAAGUCCUGCGUAUUCAAGACAUUCAUCUUCUCAUAGUAAAAAGAAGAGAUCCGGAUCUCGCAGUCGGCAUUCCAGUAUCUCACCUGUCAGGCUUCCGUUGAACUCCAGUCUGGGUGCUGAACUCAGUAGGAAAAAGAAGGAAAGAGCAGCAGCUGCUGCAGCAGCAAAAGCAGAUGGAAAAGAAUCCAAGGGUUCACCUAUAUUUUUACCUAGAAAAGAGAACAGUUCAGUAGAGGCUAAGGAUUUAGGCUUGGAGUCUAAAAAGUUAACCAGAGUUGUAAAAUUGGAAAAAUCUGCCCCAGAUACUGAACUGUUGAAUGUAACACAUCUAAAUACAGAGGUCAAAAAUUCUUUAGAUACAGGGAAAGUAAAGUUGGAUGAGAACUCUGAGAAACAUCCUAUUAAAGAUUUGAAAGCACAGGGAACAAAAGACUCUAAACCCAUAGCAUCAAAAGAGGAGAGUGUUACUCCAAAGGAGACAGAAACAUCAGAAAAGGAAACCCUUCCACCUCUCCCCACAAUUACUUCGCCGCCACCUCCUUUACCGACUACCACCCCUCCACCUCAGACACCCCCUUUGCCUCCUUUGCCUCCACUACCAGCUCUUCCACAGCAACCACCUCUGCCUCCUCCCCAACCAGCAAUUAGUCAGGUUCUUGCUUCUAGUGCUUCAACUUUGCCCCUUUCUCCUCAUCAAAGGACAUCUACUCUGUCCUCUCAGACAAAUUCUCAGCCCUCUGUACAGGUUUCUCUGAAGACUCAAGUGUCUGUAACAGCUGUUAUUCCGCACAUGAAAACUUCAACAUUGCCUCCUCUGCCCCUUCCACCCUUAUUACCUGGAGAUGAUGAUAUGGAUAGUCCAAAAGAAAUUCUUCCUUCAAGACCGGCAAAGAAAGAAAAGGAACAGAGGACUCGUCACUCCCUCAUGGACCUCCCUCUCCCUCCAGAGCUUCCUGGUGGGGAUCCAUCUCCCCCAGACUCUCCAGAACCAAAGGCAGUCACACCACCUCAGCAACCAUAUAAAAAGAGACCAAAAAUUUGUUGUCCUCGUUAUGGGGAAAGAAGACAAACAGAAAGUGACUGGGGAAAACGCUGUGUGGACAAAUUUGACAUUAUUGGGAUUAUUGGAGAAGGUACCUAUGGCCAAGUGUAUAAAGCCAAGGACAAAGACACAGGAGAGCUAGUAGCCUUGAAGAAGGUGAGACUAGACAAUGAAAAAGAAGGCUUUCCAAUUACAGCCAUUCGUGAGAUAAAAAUCCUUCGUCAGUUAAUCCACCGAAGUGUUGUUAACAUGAAGGAAAUUGUCACAGAUAAACAAGAUGCAUUAGAUUUCAAGAAGGACAAAGGUGCAUUUUACCUGGUAUUUGAGUAUAUGGACCAUGACUUAAUGGGACUGCUAGAAUCUGGUUUGGUGCACUUUUCUGAGGAUCAUAUCAAGUCAUUCAUGAAACAGCUAAUGGAAGGAUUGGAUUACUGCCACAAAAAGAAUUUCCUGCAUCGAGAUAUUAAGUGCUCUAACAUUUUACUGAACAACAGUGGGCAAAUCAAACUAGCAGAUUUUGGACUUGCUCGACUCUAUAACUCUGAAGAGAGUCGUCCAUAUACAAACAAAGUCAUUACUCUGUGGUACCGACCUCCAGAGCUGCUGUUGGGAGAGGAGCGCUAUACCCCAGCCAUAGAUGUUUGGAGCUGUGGAUGCAUCCUUGGGGAAUUGUUCACAAAGAAGCCAAUAUUUCAAGCCAAUCUGGAACUGGCUCAGCUAGAAUUGAUCAGUCGACUCUGUGGUAGCCCUUGUCCAGCUGUAUGGCCUGAUGUUAUCAAGCUGCCCUACUUCAACACCAUGAAACCAAAGAAACAAUAUAGGAGGCGUCUACGAGAAGAAUUUUCUUUCAUUCCUUCAGCAGCACUUGAUUUAUUGGACCACAUGCUGACACUAGAUCCUAGCAAGCGUUGCACAGCUGAACAGACUUUACAGAGUGAUUUCCUUAAAGAUGUCGAACUCAGCAAAAUGGCUCCUCCAGACCUUCCACACUGGCAGGAUUGUCAUGAAUUGUGGAGCAAGAAGAGGCGACGGCAGCGACAAAGUGGUGUUGUGGUGGAAGAGCCACCUCCACCCAAAGCCUCACGAAAAGAAACUACCUCAGGGCCAAGUGCUGAGCCUGUGAAGAACAACAGCCCAGCACCACCACCUCAGCCUGCUCCUGGCAAGGUGGAGCCUGGGACUGGGGCUACAGUAGGCCUUGGUGACAUCACACAGCAGCUGAAUCAAAGUGAAUUGGCAGUGUUAUUGAACCUGCUACAAAGCCAAACUGACCUUAGCAUCCCUCAAAUGGCGCAGCUACUUAAUAUCCACUCCAACCCAGAGAUGCAGCUGCAGCUGGAGGCCUUGAACCAAUCUAUCAGUGCCCUGACGGAAGCCACUUCCCAGCAGCAGGACUCAGAGUCCAUGGCCCCAGAGGAGUCUUUGAAGGAGGCACCUCUUGCCCCAGUGGUCCAGCCUUCAGCAGAACAGACAACCCCUGAAGUCUCAAGCACACCAGCUGACACACAGAAUAUGUUGGCAGUUCUCUUGAGCCAGCUGAUGAAAACCCAGGAGCCAGCAGGCAGCCUGGAGGAAAACAACGGUGACAAGAACAGUGGGCCACAGGGGCCCCGAAGAACUCUCACAAUGCCACAACAGGAGGAGGCAGCAGAGAAGAGGCCCCCUGAGCCCCCUGGACCUCCACCGCCGCCACCUCCACCCCCUCUGGUUGAAGGCGAUCUUUCCAGCGCCCCCCAGGAGUUGAACCCAGCCGUGACAGCCGCCUUGCUGCAACUCUUAUCCCAGCCUGAAGCAGAGCCUCCUGGCCAGCUGCCACAUGAGCACCAGGCCUUGAGACCAAUGGAGUACACCACCCGACCCCAUCCAAACAGGACUUACGGAAACACUGAUGGGCCUGAAACAGGGUUCAGUGCCACUGACACUGAUGAACGCAACUCUGGUCCAGCCUUGACAGAACCCCUGACCCAGCCCCUGGUGAAGAACAGGACCUUCUCAGGCUCUGUGAGCCACCUUGGGGAGUCCAGCAGUUUCCAGGGCACAGGGUCAGUACAGUUCCCAGGGGACCAGGACCUCCGCUUUGCCAGGGUCCCCUUAGCGUUACACUCAGUGGUUGGGCAACCAUUCCUGAAGGCUGAGGGAAACAGCAACUCUGUGGUGCAUACAGAGACCAAAUUACAAAACUAUGGGGAUCUUGGGCCUGGAACCACUGGGUCCAGCAGCUCAGGAGCAGGCCUUAACUGGGGGUCUCCGGCCCAAGCUUCUUCCUAUGGAAAACUCUAUCGGGGGGCUACGAGAGUUCCGCCAAGAGGGGGAAGAGGGAGAGGAGUCCCUUACUAA